CCAAAGUUGAAUCGAUAAAGAUCUUUGACGCUACGACACGUUACAUAGUCGCCAUUCGCGUACAGUGGACCUUGAACGUGUAGAGUAUUAAUGAAAGUGAUACGCGAGUUUUCAUAAUAAAUUUCACCUGGCUUUGCUUUAGAUUUCCGUGAGACUACUGUGUUGCUUUUUCCAGAAGUAAACAUCUAGUGAUUUAAGAAAAUGGCAGAUUCUGAUGAUGAAUAUGAUAGGAAAAGACGUGACAAGUUCAGAGGUGAAAGAACAGAAUCUUAUUCACGAGAAGGACGCAGAGAUGAUCGUAGACGUGAUGAUUGGGUUGAUAGAGAGUGGUCAAGCCGUCCUAGACAACGUCCUGAUUAUCGGGAUUAUCGAGGUGGAGGCAGUGGAGGACGGGAUCGUUAUAGUCCUGCAAGAUCUCAAGAAAUGGCACCACCCAUGAAGAGAAUGCGAUUUGACUGGGAUGACAGACCAAGAUAUGGACAUGAUUAUUAUGGUGGUCGAAGUGACGGUGGCGGUGGUGGCAGUGGUGGCGGCGGCGGCGGCGGCGGCGGCGGCGGCGGUGGCGGCGGCGGCGGCGGCAGCGGUGGUGCCACAAGUUCUUGGAGUCCAGAUCAUUAUCCACCUCCUCACCAUGGUAACCAUCACUAUGGCAACCACAGCAAUACUAGCAGUUCUGGUUUCAGUCGAGAAGUAGCUGGAAAUUUCAGUAAUUCAAAUAUCGAGACUCAGCCACCAAUAAUGUCGUUCAAAGCAUUUCUUGGGACUCAAGAAGACACUAUUACCGACGAAGAGGCAAUUAAACGAUACAAUGAGUACAAAUCGGAAUUCAGAAGACAGCAGAUGAAUGAAUUCUUUGUCGCCCAUAAAGAUGAAGAAUGGUUCAAAAUAAAAUAUCAUCCUGAGGAAUCUGUAAAGAGGAAAGACGAACAAGUAUCAGCUCUUAAGAAACGAGUGGAAGUUUUUCUGGAGAUGCUAAAAUUAGGCGAAAUAGAUAAAGUGUCUGUUGACGCCGAUCAAGCUGAUUUGUUACUUCGUCUCUUAGAUGCAGUAGUUAUUAAACUGGAAGGAGGUACAGAAGAAGAUUUACAAGUCUUAAACAUCAAAUUACCUAAGCUUAUGAUGACUAAAGAUAUCUCGAAAGAGAAGGAUGAAAACAAAACCAAAUCUGUUAUAGAAAAGAAACAUGAAAAAAGUGAUGAAAAUAAAACGGACGACACACAGCAGAGUGAGAAAAAAUCUAAAAAUUGCGAGAAUAUCGAUAUGAAAGUCGCCAAUUCGGAAAAAGACGAAAACGCAAUAUCUGAUUCGGCCAAAAUAAAAGAAAAUGACGAAUAUAAAGAUAUUGAAGAGACUACUAAUGACGAAAAAGCGCCAGAAAAAUCAGAAACUACAAGGAAACGAAAACGUACUGAUAGCAAUAGUAGCUGCAGUAGCAGUAGCAGCAGUAGUUCUUCUGGCAGUGAUAGCAAUAAACCAGAUACACCAAAACCAGAGACUCCUGUUAAUGAGAAAACAGAGGCCAGUAACGAAGAAGCCGACGAAGGAGAUGCUAAAGAAGAAAAUAAAGAAAAAAAUCCAGAUUUGGAAACUGCAAAUAUUAAAAAGUCGACGAUUGAACCGGAAGCAGUGAUUGAUUUGGCCAGUGAAGAUAAGGAGAAAGAGCCUAGAGCUUUGCAUAAAACUAGCAGCAUUUUUCUUCGUAAUUUAGCACCUACUAUUACCAAGGCGGAGGUUGAAGCUAUGUGUAAAAGAUUUCCUGGAUUUCUACGCGUGGCUAUAGCAGACCCACAACCAGAGAGACGAUGGUUCCGUCGUGGUUGGGUUUCAUUUGAGAGACAGGUGAACAUUAAAGAAAUAUGUUGGAGUUUAAAUAAUAUUCGACUUCGUGAUUGUGAACUUGGUGCUAUAGUCAACAGAGACUUGUCGCGACGCAUUCGAUCAGUGAAUGGUUUAACGUCGCAUAAACAAAUAGUUAGACAUGAUAUUAAGCUCAGUGCUAAAAUCGUUCAUAAUUUAGAUAACAGAGUGGGUUUAUGGAACGAAGAAAAAAAAGACGAAAAUACGAAACAAGAGGAUGAGAAAGAAAAUAAGACUACUGAGAGUAAUCACGACGUCGAACAAGCUGCUUUUGGAUUGUCGUCUAAAAAUCCAGUGUUGAAAAAUAUAACUGACUAUUUAAUAGAAGAAGCUUCAGCUGAAGAAGAAGAAUUAUUGGGCAUGUCAGGAGAUCAAGAGGAAGGUCAGUUAGGUGAUGGAGACAGUUCAAUUGAAAGAGAUCCUGUUUUAAUAAAGGUGUUAGACAGAUUGAUACUGUAUUUGCGAAUUGUCCAUUCCGUCGAUUAUUACAAUCACUGCGAAUAUCCAAACGAGGAUGAGAUGCCAAAUAGAUGUGGCAUAAUGCACGUGAGAGGAUCUCCACCUACUGCUAAGAUUGCAAGCGCCGAACUGUCGGAAUAUUGUCGUAACUUUGAAAGUAAAAUGUCUGCUUUCUUACAACCCAUUGCGACUUUAUCUACCGAAGAGUUUGACAAACUAGGUGCAAAGAAUGCCGAAGUUGAAGUUGAAAAGUUUGUACAAGCUAAUACUCAAGAAUUAUCAAAAGAUAAAUGGUUGUGUCCUCUUAGCGGGAAGAAAUUCAAGGGACCUGAUUUUAUCCGCAAACAUAUUUUCAACAAACAUUCUGAGAAAGUUGCUGAAGUUAAAGCAGAAGCCGAAUAUUUUAACAAUUAUUUGAGAGAUCCAAAGAGACCUCAACUUCCCGAACAUCCUGGCAACAAAACUCCACUGAGGGAAGGACCACGCGACAAUUUUCCACCAUAUGGUUGUAGUUCAUUUGGAAGUUACGGUGGUGGAUAUGGUGGUAGCAGAGGUGGUUAUGGUUCUGGCUACAGUGGUGGAUUUGGCAGUGGAUUUGGUAAUCCUCGUCCUAAUCGUGGUGGUUUUAAUCGAGGACGGGCAGCUCCGGAUGCUUCAAGACCUAUUAUUAGUUAUAAUGAUUUGGACCAGCCAGACAUGGAUAUGUUCUAAGUUUUGUUGAAACGUACGCAAGUAAUUUGCGUCGGACUCAGUAAUGAUAAAACGAUAAUAUUAUUACAGAUUGUGCCAACAGAUUCAUAUCUGGAUUAUGUAACACAUUGUUGAUAAAAGAAGUAAAGUAAGAUUAAUACCGUCCAAAAUGGUGUUACAAAAUCAGCACAAUUUUUUAUCUUAAUUAUAAACGAGUUAAAUUUAUUUACAGUAGGAGAAAAGGUAUUUAUAUAUACCAAGUAUCUUUUUGAAAGAUAAUCUUGUACUAAAUAGAAAAAUUAUUGUUAUAAUGUGUUAUUGUCCAAUGUAUCUAUUAUAAAAUUUUAUUAAAAAUUAAAACAAUUUAUAUUUUUUCAAUAAAUACUACAAUAAUAUUUUUUAUAUAAAUUAAAUAAAAAUUGUGAAUUUUCGAAAUCUGCUAAAAAAAUGUGGCAUAAAAAUACUUCUUUACCUACUGUAAUAUGUGUUUCAAGAUUUAAAUACAUUUAUAGUUCUCUACAGAAGUAAACAAAAAGAUAUCUAUAUUGAUCUUCAUUUCAUUGAACUAAUUUCAGAAUAUCAUAGUGAAAUCUUAAAACAAUGUCAAUGCAAACAAGUCUAAAGAUCCAUCGAUGCUGUAAAUUUAUAAUAUGAAUAACAAAUAAACCUAUUUGUUACUAAUGA